AUGGGGGCGCUCCUGUGGGGGUACGACUCGCAGGUCGGAGGUGGUCUGCUCAGUGUGCCCUCCUUCCGGCGUGACUUUGGCUUCGAGAGCGAUGACGGCUACAUUCUUGCGGCACGAUGGCAGAGCGCCUUCAACAGCAUAAGCUCCGUUGGUGGAAUGUUCGGCGGUCUUUCCCUUGGUUAUGUAUCGGAUAAAUUUGGGCGGCGAGGCGCGGUCGCGCUCUGUUGCGUCGUGUCCAUCGCCGGCAUCUUCAUUCAGUUCUUCACGUACCCACACAGAAAUGCACAACUGCUUGUCGGAAAGCUAGUCAACGGAUACGCUCUGGGAAUGUACGUUUCCGGUGCUAGUUCGUACUGUUCCGAAGUGUCACCACUGGCGCUGCGGGGUAUCACGACGGCGUCUGUGAACUUGUGGAUCGACUUAUAUUCUCCCAGCAUGUCGAAUGGCGUGAUCAAAGGUACUGGGAAUUGGACGAGCGCAUACGCGUACAGGCUACCCUUCAUCUUGCAAAUGAUCUUCCCCGUCAUCCUGCUCGCAGGCCUCCCUUUCGCGCCCGAGUCGCCGUGGUGGCUCGUGCGCAAGGGCCGCAAGGAGGAGGCGCGCAAGAUCCUCCUGCGCCUCUCUGGCGAGACGACCGACGUCGACCUGCAGCUGCAGCAGAUCCAGGAUACGAUUAUCCUAGAGGACACGUUUGCCGCGAACUCAACCUAUGCGGAUUGUUUCCGGGGCACGAAUCUGAGGCGCACGAUGAUCGCGUGCAUGGUGUUCGUGCUCCAGCAGGCGGCAGGUGUCGUCUUCGUGCUUGGCUUCAGCACGUACUUCUUCGAGCUGGCCGGGUUUGCGGACAGCAAGGCGUUCGAUCUCGGCGUCGGUGUUACUGCCAUCGGUGUUGUGGGCAACCUGUUCACGUUCUACACCGUCAACCGGUACGGACGUCGGUUCAUCUUCAACUGGACGUUGUUCGCGUGCACCAUCCUCCUGCUCAUCAUCGGCUUCCUCGCGAUCCCGACGAACAACCAAAAGGCGAAGUGGGCGAUUGCUGCACUGACGCUCGUGUACAACUUCGUAUACCAGACCGGAAUAGGUCCUCUGGGCUACGUCAUCUUCGCGGAAGUCUCGUCGGCUAAGCUGCGCUCGAAGACGGUCGGCAUCGGCAUCCUCGUCAACUCGCUAUGCGGCAUGAUCAUGAACAUCGUCGACCCCUACCUCGUGAACCCCGACGAGGCUAACCUCGGAGGGAAAGUGGGCUUCAUCUUCGGCGGCCUAGCGGCGCUGGGCGUGGUCUGGGCAUACUUCUACAUCCCAGAGACGAAGAAUCGCACCGUCGACGAGCUCGACACGAUGUUCGAGCGGCGCGUCCCGCCGCACAAAUUUGCCUCGUACAAGGUUGAGGAUGAAGACAUGAUCGUGGAUGACGUCAAGCGAUAG